AUGCAGAACAGACAAGGAUAUUGCAGCUAUUGCUGUGUGCACUAUAAUAACCUGGAACAGCAUAUAUCCAGUGAUCAGCACAGAUACUUGACCACACAGAGUAGACAAUGGAUGGCCACCACUAGUUUGAUGGAUCGUUUCUUGCAGGAUGUACUGAGGCACCACCCAUAUCAUUAUCAAGAAAGCAGAUCAGUGCAAAAUGAGAGACUUCAUAUGACUACUGUGUCACCUUCUGGAGUGGUUACGAAUGACGAUUUUGUUCCUGAAAUAAUGACUGAGGAUGCUACUGGAGUCAGAGAAGAGGUGUCUUCCAAGGCUUUUGAACCUGUUGAAGAGCUGUAUUCUAAACCUAGUAAAUCUCGGGAAUAUAUACAGAGUGUUUCAAUUCGACCAUCAGUUAUUCAAAAACUGGAGAAAGGACAGCAGCAGCCCUUGGAGGUCAUUCAUAAAAUUGGGAGCAGUAUGAAAGAAUUUAAUCCAGUUGGUAUUGGUCAUGCUACAAAUAAUAGACAAAACGUAAUAUAUUCAUCAGUGGUUUCUAAUGCUCCUGUUAGUUGUUUACCUGAAAGUUCUCAUGAAAGAACAGUUACAACUAAUGCUACUACUGGGUUACCACUAGGAUCCCAUUUGGAUUCAGUUAACAAAUGUGACCCAAACAAAGUUGACAAAUACUUUAAACAGCUAGACAGGGGCUCUAGAAACCCUAUGCUAUCAUCCCAUCCAGAAACUUCUUCAGUAACUUAUCAGAAACCUAAAGAAUCAAACAGGAAAUCUUUAUGUAUAAAUUCAGAUAAAUUGGUUAUACAGGAAGGUGUAAAAUCUCAGGGUAAAACUUUGUCAACUGGCUCUAAAGUCCAUGAAUUUGUGGGUGCUGAAGGCUUCUUAAAAUUGGAAUCUCUUUCCAGAUUUACAGUAAACCCAGCAGUCAACCUGAAUAAAACUGACAUGCCGUCUAAUAAAGGAAUCUUUGAAGAUGGCAUUCCAAAGCACCAUGAGAAAUUCUUUCCUAAUAUGGAUCAUACCCAAGAAGGAAAGCAUUUGGUCUUUAACAAGUCCGCCUUUUUGGAACAGAAGAUCUCAGUGAGUUCUGAAAUGAAGUUUGCUGGUGGCUAUCUUCAGUCAGCAUCUGAUCACCAUGAAGAGGCUGUGCUAGACCUUUGGAAGGAGGAGCAAAUUGACCAAGAAGAUGAGAACUGUGAAUCAAGAGGUACUGAAAUGAGUUUUGAUGGCAGUUCCUCUUUUUAUUCACUGACGGACCAAUCUAAAGUGACUGCCAAAGAAAUAAACCUCUUAAAGGAAGUACAUGCUGACUUGCAGUAUAAGAACGAUAAAUCUUGUGUUUCUGAAAUAAGCUCUGAUUAUGAUGGCUCCCUUCAGUUGACUUCCAACCAAACUCAAGUAAUUGUUAAAGAUGUAAGUGUUCAGAAGGCAAUGCAUAUUAGGCUGGUUGAUGAAAGCUAUGAAUCUAGUGAUUCUGAGAUGAAUUUUGAUUGUGAUGCCUCACUUCAGUCAACUGAUAACUACCCCCAACAGCCCGAAAAAGAAGUAAACCUUCCCAAGGGGGCACACGUUGGCUUGGUUGAUAUGAACUAUGGAUCUAGUAGCUCUGAAAUAAGUGCUGAUUCUGUUUUCUCACUUCAGUCAGUGGUUGACCAAUUCCCAGUGGCUGUCACAGAAACAAAACUUUGGAAGAAGGUUCACAUUAGCUUGGUUGAUAAGAACUAUGGAUCGAGUUGUUCUGAAACAAGUUUUGAUUGUGAUGUUCCUCUUCAGUCAGUAGUUGACCAUCCUCAACUGGCUGUCAGAGAAAGAAACCUGGAGGAUAGGCUUGCCUAUCUGAAAGAUAAGAAUCGUAAGCCUAGUAGUGCUAAAGCACAUCUUGAUUGUGAUGUCUCUCUUCCGACCAUGACUGAUGAACCUCAGAGGGCCGUUGAAGAAAUCUGUCUUCUGAAAGAGAAGAAUGACGUUGUGGGUAUGAACUGUGGGUCUCAUGGUCCUGAGAUGAAUUUUCAUCUGAUGAAAACAGAUGCUAAGUUAGUGCCUGACCAAUCCCAAGUGGCAGUUAAAGAAGUAAAGGCUCAGGAAGUAGCUCUUGACCUGGAGAAUAAGAGUGUUAAAUCUAGCAUUUCUGAGCUAAGUUUUGAUUCUCAUGCUUCUCUUUAUCGAUCAGCUAAUGAUCAACCUCAGGGGGAUUGUGGUGAAAUAAAUCUGAAAGCGUUAAAUGUUGAUAUGGAAGUUAAGAGCUAUGGGUGCUCCAGUUCUGAGUUGAGUUUUGAUUCCGAUCCUCCUCUUAUGUCAGUUACUGAGUAUACUGAGCUGGAUGUUGAAGAAAUAAGAAAGAAGCACAUUAACCUGGAAGAUGAGAGCUUUGAGUCAAUUAGCUCCAAAAUAACUUUUGAUUCUGAUAUUCCUCUUCACUCAGUAGUUGACCAAUCUCAAGUAGCCAUUUAUGAGGAGGAGUCUAUUGAUCUGGGAAAUAAGAGUAAUGAAUCUUGUGUUUCUGAAAUAACUUUUGAUUCUGAUAUACCUCUUCAUUCAGGGAUUUAUCAACCUGAAGUAGCUGCUAAAGAAACAUUCAUUCAGAAAGAAGAGUAUAUACACUUAGGAGGGAAGGAUGAUGAACCCACCGGUUCUGAAAUAAGUUUGGAUUCUUAUAUCCCUUUUCACUCAGUGAUUAACCAUCCAGAAGAAGCUGUUAAAAAGCUAAAUCCUCAGAAAGAAGAGUGGGCACCCUUAGAAAAUAAGGAAAAUGAACCUUGUGGUUCUGAAUUAAGUUUUGAUUAUGAUGUUUUUCGUUCAAUGACUGGAUGUUCUGAAGAUCCCAUUAAAGAAAGAAACCUUCUGAAAGAGGAGAUUAUACACUUAGAAAAUAAAGGUAAUGAUUUAAGUGUUUUUGAAACAAGUUUGGAUUCCAGUAUCCCUCUUCAGUCAGUGAUUCACAAACCUGAAGUGGUUGUUAAAGAACUAUGUCUUCAAAAAGAAAAGCAUGCUAAGUUAAGAGGUAAAAGUGCUAAAUUUAGUGGUUCUGAAAUAAAUUCAGAUUCUGAUUAUUCAAUGACUGAAACUCAAAUAGCUGUUAAAGAAAUAGAUAUUCAGAAAGAAAAACGUGUUGUUCUAGAGAACAGGAGUGAUAAAUAUAGUGGUUCUGAAAUAACUUUGGACUCUGAUGUCCCUCUUCAGUCAAUGAAUGAAAAACCUCAAAUAACCAUUUUAAAGGAAAAACAUGUGGAUCUGGAAGAUACAAACAAUGAAUCUAGUGAUGGUAAAAUAGCUUUUCAUUCUGAUGACCCUCUUCAGCCAUUGACUGAACAAUUUCAGGAAGUGGUUGAAAAAACAAACCUGUGGAAAGAAGAGGAUAUGGGCCAGAAGAAUAAGGUUGAUGAACCUAAUGCUUCUAAAUUAAUACAUAAUUCUGAUGUUUCUCUUCUGUCUGUGUCUGAUCAACCUGAAGUAGCUGUUAAACGAAUAAACCUCAAGAACGAAGGUCAUGUGUACUUGGAAGAUAAGAACAGCCAAUAUAGUAGCUCUGAAAUGAGUUUGAAUUCUGAUCUCUUGGUUCAGUCAAUAGUUGAUCAUGCUCAGAUAACUAUUUUGGAGCAGGAGCAUACUGAGCUAGAGGAUAAGCACAAUCAAUCUUGUGGCUCUGAAAUAAGUUUUGAUUCUGUUGACCGUCGUCAGUCAGUGGCCAACCAGCUUAGAGAAACUGUUAAAGAAGUAAGCCUUUGGAAGGAUGAAGUUGACAUGGAAGAUAAAAGAGAUGAAUCUAAGUGUUUUGAAAUUGUGUGUGAUUCUCAUGUCCUUUUUCAGUCUGUGGCUGGCCAAACUAAAGUUGUUAGGGAGAUCAACCUUUGGGAGGAGGAUGUUGACUUGGAAGAUAAGGUUGUCAAACCUAGUGAUUCAAAAAUAAAUUUUGUUUCUGAUGAACCUCUUCAGUCUGUGGCUAAUGAAAUUCAAGAGGCUAUUCCAGAAAUACAUCUUCUGAGGGAGGGACAUGUUUGUCUGGGUACUAAGAGCUAUGAACCCAAUGAUUCUGAAGUCAUUUAUGUUUCAAGUGCCCAUCUCCAAUCAGUGGUUGAGCAACCACACAUAUUGAAAGAGCCACAAGCCAGUUUGGAAGAUAAGAGCAAUGAUCCUUGUGGUCCUGAAAUAAGUUUUGUUUCUGAUGAUCCCCUUCAGUUAGUGACUAGACAGCUUCAAAAAGCUGUUGAAGAAACAGGUCUUUGGGAGGAAGACCAUAUUUACCUGGAAGAUAAGAGAUAUAAACUAGGUGAUUUUGAAGUAAGUUAUGAUUCUGAUGUUGACUUCAUAGCUGGGCAUUCUCCUGUGGCUGUCAAAGAAAUAAACUUGCAAGAGAAGGAUCAUGACCUUCAUAAGAACUGUGAAUUUAGUGUUUCUGAAAUAAAAUGUGAUUCUGGUGUUCAUCUUCAGUUAGAAGUUGACCAACCUCAAGUGGUUUGCAAAGAAGUAAACCUUCAGAUGGAAAAGCAUCUUGGCAUGGAAGAAAGAGUCAGUGAACCUAGUGAUUCUGAAAUAAUGUGUGAUUCUGAUGUUCCUCUUCAAAUAGUGAUAAAUGAACUUCAAGUGUCAGACAAAGAAACAGAUCUUCAGAAGGUGCUAUUUGUGGACCUGAUGACCAGUGAUAAUGAUUGUGAAAUGAUUUCAGAUUCUGAUGUCCAUUUUCAGCCAGUGAUUGACUCACCUCAGAUGACUGUCAAUGAAAUCAGCUGUAUAAAUGCAGAAAGUUUUGUUCCAGAAGAUGAGAACUGUGAAUCUUGUGAUUCUGAACUAGGAUAUGUUUGUGAAGCCUCUCCUCAAUCAGUGACAAGCCAUUCCAAAAAGACCUUUAAAGUAGUAAACCAGAAGCAAGACUAUAUUAUUCUGGAAGAGACAAGCUGUGAGCCUUACAGUUCUGAACUAAAUUUUCAAAUUGAUGGCUCUCAUCAGUGCAUGACUUCCCAGUCACAAGAGCCUGGAAAAAAAAAGGCCAAAUAUAUUGACCCCAAAGAUAAGAGAUGUAAAUCUAAUCGUCCUAAAAGAAAUUUUGAACGGGAGGAGACUUCUCAGCCAGUGACUCAGCAACGCCAGAAGGCUAACAAAGGAGUCAACCUUCGGAAAGAUGUCGAAAAUAUUGGCCUAAAAGAUAAGAACUGUGAAUCUAGUGUUUCUGCAAUGGAUUGUAAUGAGUCUCCUGAGUUGGUGAUUCAUCAAAUGCCUGAUAAAGGAAACCUUUUGAAGUUAAAACAUACCGAUCUAGAAAGUAUGAGCUGUGAACCUUGUGGUUCUGGGAAGAAUUUUCAAUGUGAUCCCUCUCUUCAGUCUGACAAUGACCAGCCUCAAGAAGCUGUUAAUAAAAUAGACCUAUUUGAGAAGAUGUCUUUUGACCUGAAAGAAACAAACCAUAAUUCCUAUUCAGGCUCUGUUCCCAUGGUUGAUUCUGUACGGAACCUGGAAAAAGCAAAGGAAGUCAUAGAAGGUGAUCCUGAUGAACCAGUUCUUGAAGGCUUGCCUCAUGUCCCUCCUUCAUUUGUGGGGAAAACGUGGUCUCAGAUAAUGAGAGAAGGUGACGUGAAAAUUAAUGCUCUCGUGAAGGAAUUUAAGAAAGGUCGUUUCCACUGUUACUUUGAUGAUGACUGUGAGACCAGGAAAAUUAAAAAAAAAAAAUCGAAUGAAGGAAAAAAGAUUACCUGGACUGACCUCAAUCAGGACACUACAUCAAUUCAAGUUCUUUCGGAUUGUGAUGAUAAUGCAGGUGGUAUUUCAGAUAUUGAUGACUUUUCAGUGGCCUUAGAUAAACCUAGCCAUUAUCCUUCAUCAAAGAAGCAUUUUGAACAAACAUGCCGAGUGGCUUCUCCAUGCCAGGCUAUAAAAGUCAGCCAUGGAACUCAAACCAAUUUCGCAAGUCACCCAGGGACAAAAAGAAGAAUAAUUGGACAAGAGAAAGACUCUCCAGUAAGGAAGCGUUUACUUUUACAGAAUGACAGGAAAGCAAGAAAGAAAGUAAAAAUUGGAAAAGUUGAAUUUCCUGAAUCAUGUAUUACAGUUUUGAAGCCUUUGCAAUCAAAUGCCUUAAUUUAUGUUCUUUCUUCAAAUAUUAAGCUGAAGAAAGGUGAAUCCAACAACUUCUCUAAAAGGAGGCACGGUAGUAGAAAUAAUUGGGAUCUUAGCAUACAGUACAAAUUUAACCAGAGUUCCUUUCAUUGUUAUGACCCAUUGAAUAAGCAGAUUGUAAUUGAUCCUUCUUUGAACAUAGAAGUACCAGGGCCUGACAGGAAUAACUGUGUGGAAAUUCAUUUUAGCCACCUAAAUUCUAAUGCAGGAGUAGAUGAUACUUAUGUACAAAGCUCUGCUUCGGCACCUUUUAUGACAGUGUCAGUAGGACAUGAAUUAAUGGCACAUCAGGAGGCCAGUGAAUCUGUGUUUCUGGAAAAAUCCAAGAUUUUGAAUUCUAGUGAGGUUUCAAAAGAAAGUAAUUUCCAGUCAACUCUUUUAAAUCAUGAUGUUGCCAAAAUUUCUCUGAAAUCAAUUAGAAAUAAGUUUUUGGAAAGUAAAAGGAAAAUUCAGAGAAGGAAGGUGACAACUAAUAAUAAGCCAGGUUUUCCCAAAGAAGAUUGUAGACCAGUUAUUCCCCAGCAAAAAACCAGAAUUGCUUCAGAAAAACGGUCGAUUUGGAUUCAGACCAAACUAAGUGAUAUAAUUAAAAAGUAUAUUCCAAAAUACUCUGUUUUUUUGCGUCACAAAUAUCGGUCCAGGAGCACUUUUGUUAGGAUGCAUCUUAAGAAGAAAACAUCUGAUGUCAGUAGGUUAAAGAAGGCAAAGAGACCAAUUAAAAUUCUUUCAAAUGCCUCGAUUCCAUCAGCUGGAGCUGAAGAGCAGUCAAGAGCUAUAGCAAGCUCUUCUCCCAAGCAACCUGUGCGGGGCUCUUCUGCUGUUGCAGGAAGUAAGAAGAAUGGUAAUAAAAAACGCCCUAGAAGACAACAAAGAAAGCCUUCUAGACCUGUUAGAACAUAUGCUUUGAGAAGUUUGUAUUCUGGUAUACCAUAUUCUGAUAGAAUGAGGACACGGCUCUCUAACAAAUUGUGAGGUAAUGAGGUAAACUAG